AUGAGAGUUCCCUCAUCACAGCCCAACAACCAUUCUCCCACCCCAAACCUCCUCCUCCACGCCCUCCCCAACGCCACCAACACCACCUUCACCUACGAACCCACCUCCGUCCUCGACCUCUGCCGCAGCCCCAGCCCCGAAAAGAAACCAACUGUCCCUAAGCCAGACCCACAACACAACAACAUCAUCGCCACCAUCACCACCACCACCACCACCACCAAUUCCAACAACAACCUAGACCUGGACGAUCAUGUCUUGCCUAAUUCCGAUUGGUGGGAGUCCAUCAUGAAGGACCUAGCCUUACCCGAAGACUUUCCCACACCCCUUUCCAAGCCUAACAUCAACCCAUGCAUCCCUGACUUUCCACCUUCUCACGACCCUCCCUUCGAUCAACCUCCAGACUUUACCUCGCUUUCAGAAAUUUACAACCAGAACCUCCCCUACAACUACACCACCACCAACGCUUUGGACCAUUCCUUUCACGACCUCAACCACCACCACCACAACACCACCAACAACGUUAACAACAAUUGGGACUUCAUCGAGGAGCUUAUCCGCGCCGCCGAUUGCUUCGACAGCAGCCACUUCCAACUCGCUCAAGCCAUACUCGAACGCCUCAACAACCGCCUUAUUCGCUCACCCAUGGCCAAGCCUCUCCACCGAGCCGCGUUUCACUUCAAAGACGCUCUCCAAUCCAUUCUCUCCCGUUCCAACCGUGCUGGUUCCAACCGGCUCUCCUCCAUGGCCGAGAUUGUUCAAACCAUCAAAACGUUCAAGGCCUUUUCAGGAAUUUCACCCAUCCCAAUGUUCUCUAUCUUCACCACCAACCAGGCCUUGCUCGAAACCCUAAACGGAUCCUCUUUCGUCCAUGUCAUCGAUUUCGAAAUCGGGCUCGGAAUCCAAUACGCCUCCCUAAUGAAGGAGAUAGCCGAGAAGGCUGCCGGCGCCUCACCUCUCCUCCGUAUCACCGCCGUCGUGCCCGAGGAGUACGCAGUCGAGAGCCGCCUCGUCCGCGAGAAUCUCAACCAAUUCGCGCACGACCUCGGGAUCCGCGCGCAGGUGGACUUCGUGCCACUUCGGACCUUCGAGACGGUUUCGUUCAAGGCCGUCAGGUUCGUCGACGGAGAGAAGAUCGCGGUGCUUCUGUCGCCGACGAUCUUCUGCCGCCUAGGCUCCGGCGGGGCCAGCGUCGGCGCGUUCCUGGCUGACGUGAGGAGGAUGGCGCCCGGAGUGGUGGUGUUCGUGGACGGUGAGGGCUGGACGGAGGCUACGGUGGCUGCGUCUUUCCGGCGUGGUGUGGUGAACAGUUUGGAGUUUUACUCGAUGAUGCUGGAGUCGCUGGACGCGUCUGUGGCGGCCGGGGGAGGCGGCGAGUGGGUGAGGAGGAUCGAGAUGCUUCUGCUGCGGCCAAAGAUCUUCGCGGCGGUGGAAAGCGCGCGGAGGAGGACGCCGUCGUGGAGGGAGGCAUUUUACGGCGCAGGAAUGAGGCCGGUGCAGUUGAGCCAGUUCGCCGAUUAUCAAGCGGAGUGUUUGCUUGCGAAGGUGCAAAUCAGAGGCUUCCACGUGGACAAACGACAUGCUGAGUUGGUGCUGUGCUGGCACGAACGAGCCAUGGUUGCCACGUCAGCUUGGCGGUGCUAG